UAUAAAGUUAGAAGUACAAAAUCGUAAAAAAUAAGAAGAUCAAGGACUAAUAUUGCUAUUUACCCCGAUAACCACACGAAGUUAUCACAUCGGGUUUCGGGUACGACGGGAAACCCGACCCGAUACGAUCCAAAAUGGGUCAUUUAAAUCCUCGGAUCUCGUCUCAUUUAAUCUUCUCCUUUCCUUUUCUCUCUCUCUCUCUCUCUCUCUCUCUCGAAUACGCCGCCAUUUAAUUAGAGGAGCUUUUUCUUGUUCUCUUCCCAAUUUGAUUUUGGCAUGGAAGAAUAUUCUGGUAGGAGAUCUUCUGGAGGAGUCAGAUUUUCCAAAACAGCCUCCGGCAUUUCCCUUAGGAGUCAAAACCUUGAGGAAAAGAGCAAUCAGAAUUGCAACAAGUUUGGAGUCGGCAGCAGCAGGAUUAAUGCCGUAAAAUCCACCCAAAUCGACAAUUUGGAAAGGCCAAGAAAUGCCAGAGCUUCUUUUCGCUCGACUAGCUCAAAAGCCAUAGUUGGAAGCACUUCUAGAUCAACUUCAAGAAAGUCCCACCACGAGAAGCAGAAGCAAAGUGUUCUAGAAGAGAGAAAUAUUGCAGAAAAUAGUGGUAGCAGUAAGGCUGUGAUCGAAUAUUCGGAGGAUUCGAUCUCUAAUUCAGGGGAUUCAAUCUCUAAUUCCACGACCGAAGGCUUCAACUCUCACAAAUAUCAAGGGAUUUCCAUGCAUAAUGUUGAGUCGUCGAGAAGGGCCAGUUCAUCAAGUUCCAGCUCAAGUAAGCAGAGAAAUAAAGAGCUAUGUUUAGGUUCAUCUUCCUUUGGUCGGAUUGGAAGUGCUUCUAAAAAAUUCAGCCUCGCAUCUAAGUCCUCGCCGGGGUUUAAAAAUCUUAGUUGUGCGUCGGUAUCUGAUGUUCUACCAUCAGGCUGUUCUUCUUCGGAUCUUAACCGCAGUAAGAGGGUUGAAGCUUUUCGUAAAAGAGCUUCUGAAGGAGAGAGUUCAUCUCGAGUUAAGAGCUUAAUUGGGUCAUCGAGUAGAGGAAUUCCUGGCCCUUGCUUACCUGUUCCAGAACAGUCAGCUUCUCGGCUUGCUGCAAGGAGGACUGGAAAUCCACAGAGCAGUAGGGAUGGUGCAGUCUCCUCUGGAAUAGUAAGUGCUUCUAGUGAGGAGCCUCGGGUGGGGGUUUCUGAUCAAAGAGCUUCUAAUGAGGAAAUUCCAAUUUCGAUACAAGAAGCUGUUCCCGAAAUCUCUUCGAGACCAUUCUCCCGUGAACUUACUCGUGCUCUCCUUUCGCCCGGACGUCGAAGUUCAACCAGUCGGGAUUCUCAAAGUAGAUCAACUCAUCGCACUGAAGAAAGCGGCUCUUCAGGAGAUCGAAGCGGCCAGCGACGCAUUAAUAUGGAAGGAAUUGCAGAGGUGUUAUUGGCACUAGACAGAAUUGAACAAGAUGAAUUGACCUAUGAGCAAUUGUUGGCACUAGAGGCAAAUUUUUUCUUGGGUGGUUUCAAUUUCCUUGAUCAGCAUCGAGACAUGAGAAUGGACAUAGAUAAUAUGUCAUAUGAGGAAUUAUUAGCACUAGAGGAGAAAAUGGGCACAGUGAGCACUGCACUUUCGGCGGAGCAAUUAGCAAAAUGUCUUAAGAGAACAAUAUACUUGCAAGACUCCAUAGGCAGGGGAAUCAGUACUCGCAUUGUCGAGGAUAUAAAAUGCAGCAUAUGCCAGGAAGAGUAUGUUAAAGGAGAUGAAUUGGGCACUUUGAGAUGCGAGCAUCGAUACCACAUUGCCUGCGCCCAUCAGUGGUUUAGGCUGAAGAACUGGUGUCCGAUCUGCAAGGCAUCUGCUGCACCAUCAUAAAUUUAUAUCCUUUUUCUUAUUUUUUAUUUUUUAUGCAGGUUUCAUUUUCUGUUGUAAAUACCACGAGCUUAAAACAUUUCAUCUUUAGCCUUGAAACAGUCAGGCCCCUUCAUAAAUUGAAUCGCGAAGAAUAUGUGUAUAAGUUCAACAUUUUUCAUGGAAAAUUCUCCUGUUAAAUUUCUGCUUUGUCCAUUGGCUUCUGAUCUCUUGCAAUAAGAGGCAAGUAAUAAGGAGUCCAUGAGUUUGGAAACAAUAACUUGCAGGAGUUAAAAGCUUUUGGCGUAUGUACUACACCUUUGGAGCAUUGCUCUAAAUAUGUAUUUGCAACAGUUAUCCUACGUAGGAUUUGCAAGAUCUAAUCAUGUAUCUCCAGAUUACAUAAAAGAGUAAGAAAAUUUAUUUUCAAGUA